AUGGGAUAUCUUCAACCAUUCCAAUUCUCUCAACCACCACCUCCGCCACCACCUGUUCCAGAUAAAUCUACUCAACAAGUAAAUAACCCUCAUGAAGACAAAAAGACAUUAUAUGUUGGGAAUUUACUUCCUGGAAUGGCAGAGGAAUUAAGAGGAUUGUUUGAGGCAUAUGGAAGUAUUGAAAGUAUUAAUCAACCAAAAGGUAAGAAUUUUAUGUUUAUUCAUUUUAGUAAGGAAGAAAGUGCUAAAGAGGCAAAAGAAGAGUUAAAUGGGACAACGUAUGGAGGUACUACACUGAAAAUAGGAUAUGGGAAAGCAGAAACAAGCACUACAUUUGUACCAAGCAAUCAAAACCAGACUGAUUAUCAAAGCGAAACGAAUGCAAAAGAAAAUGAAAUAAUUUAUCAACACCUUAACCAAAUAUUAAAAGAUGAAGAAAAUGAAGUAAGUCAAGUUAACCAACCAAAAGAAAAUAGUAAAAAAGGACAUCGUACAAAAGAAUAUGAAGUUAAUAGAGUAUUAUGGGUUGGAGGAUUAAAUAAUAAUGAAAUGAAAAUAUUUUCUAAAUUAACUCAAUAUGGACCAGUUGAUAGAAUUAGAAUUGGAAUUAAUAAUAGGUGUGCAUUAAUUGAAUUUAAAAACAUUGAAGACGCAAAAAGAGCAAUUAACGAAAUGAUACAUGUAUUAUUUGAUGAAGACAAAGUAAAAAUAAGAUAUGAAAAGGAUCUUAAUUUCCAAAGCAAAACUUGGUUCCCUGAUAUGCCAAGUCAUUUUAUUACUAAAGAGAAUGAACCAAUUAAACCAUUAUCAAUUGAAGAAGAGAAAAUGAUUGAUGAAAAAACAAAGAAAAUUAUUGAUGAAUUAAUUCCUUAUUUAGAUAAGUAUGGACAAGAAUUUGAAGAAUUAGUUAUUAAAAAAUGUUCUUCAGAUCCACAUUUCAAAUUUUUAAAUCAAGAAGAAACACUUGAAUUUCAUUAUUACUUGUGGAAAGUUUUUGAGUUUGAAAUGAAGAAAAUGAAUUUGGAUACAAACGUUGUUAAUGUUAUUGAACCAGUAAAAGAAGAUAUUCCUCCAUGGCUAAUGUCAAGUGAUGAUGAAAGUGAAGAGAAAAAAGAAACGUCUAAUACAAUGGAAGAAAUAUAUUAA